AUGGCUCCACCGACUGUCAACAUCUUGUUGACCUCUUUUCCUGGGUUGAAUCUUCCGCCCACGCUCUCCCUCCCAUUACCCGCCGAUACAACCGUUUCGCAACUUCAUGAUUGCAUUUACGAGCGUCUCCCUACACAAAUCAAUCGUCUCAUCCUCACUACCGUGUCGAAUAAACAGUUAGAGAGCAGUUUAAGCGCCCCUAUCUCUGAUCUUCUUUCUACUCCUCAAGAUGGCUUCCUAUCGCUACGACUCUCAGCCCCGUUAUGUGGAGGCAAAGGAGGUUUUGGAUCACAACUUCGGGCUGCUGGAGGGCGUAUGUCCUCGAAGCGGAAGAGAAACCAGGGCGACGAGAAUGCUUCGAGUCGGAAUUUAGAUGGACGAAGAUUGCGGACGGUGAAUGAGGCAAAGGCCCUAGCUGAAUAUCUGGCGAUCAAGCCAGAAAUGGCCAAGAGGGAGAAGGAAGAGCGACGGAAACGCUGGGAGCAGGUUGUUGAGCUUGCGGAACGCAGAGAGGAAGAAAUACGAUCGGGCAACAAGGGCAAAGUUGACGGGAAGUGGGUUGAGGAUAAGGAGGAAGCGGGCGAGAGAACGCGAGAGGCGGUUCUUGCUGCGAUGAAAUCAGGAGGUUACAAGGACAACUUAUUGGCCGCGUCUAAUAACAGUGCUUCAGCUUCCAAUAGCUCAGGUAAUGAGGACGAUAUCAUGGAAGGGGCCAGCUCAAAGGGCACAACACCCCCAUCGGAACCAGAGGCGAAGCCGAAGGCAAGAACCUUCUUUGGCUUCGAUGACGACGACGAGUUUAUGAGCGACGAUGAGGAUGAGGAUGAGGACGAGGACGAGGACGAGGAAGAACCAAAAGCCAAUCCCGAGGUUAUGGAUCAGGACGAUCCUGUUGACGAUGAGAUCGUCGAGGAGGAGGUGGAAGAACCGACACCUCCGCCACCGACAACCGUCAAGGGGAAAGGGAAAGGGAAAGCAAAAGCUCCGGCGGUUACAAAGGCUAAGGGAAAGGGUAGAGGGAAGGGGAAAGGAAAGGCGUAG